GAUAAAUUCCAGAUCCUUCACUCUGGAAAAUGGUUCCUGUGCUCCCUCGAACACCCCUCGUUCACCCUGCAAACGCCUUCCGGAUCGGUCCUUUCUCUCCUCCCCAACUCUCUUCUUCCCACUGCACCAUCGGUUCCAGUCUACCUACCAUCAGCCGUUCACAUCGUUUCCAUCUGACACUAUCAUUUUUCAUUUGGUUCUGGAAGUAGUUUGGCACAAUGGACCGGGUCAGUCGUCUGAACCUCCUGUUUGACCAGGAUGAAGCUCUGUUGCAUGUCAAUACCGGGUUAAGAGUGGUUGCACCGUGUCAGCCUGACGGUGACAAACCCAUCCAGGCAGAGGAUGACAGGGCCCAACAGCAGGUCCUUGAUGAGCCGAUCACUACUCCCGAAGAAGAGAACCCUGUGGAAGCUGCACCUGAUGAGACGACUCAGCGACACCCCCACCGUUCCGCAGCAACCCCCAACUCCCCAGAUCCCCUGCAACAUGAUGGAUCUUUCUGCCCGCUGUUGGGAGUUUCCAAAUAUCCAUACAGAUUUCUCAAAGACCAAAUAUCUCAGUCUGUGGCCAGUCGAUUUUUCGAUCGCGGUCAAUUCUGGAGUAGAGGCUGGGAUGUGUGAGUUGUCUUAUCUCUUUAUGGUAUUCUGCGCGGGUGAGUCCAUUGAUCUGACCCGAUAUAGUUACUAUUGUCAUCUCCCCCCGCGUCUGGGAUCGAAGAUUCUCCUUCUCGUCCCUGCCUCUCAAUUCCGACAGCUCAUACAAGAAAUCAAUCGUGAGCUCGAGUGCCAGUUAUCGCUGCCAUCGGACCCUCACCUGGGACUAGUUCUUCCCUUCCGGGAGAAGAAUUGGUAUCCUCAACCGGUCUUCCUGGGCAAAUGCGACGGCCAGGAGACCAAAGAGCAGCUGCAGGCGAAGGUCCCACCCCCCGUCAACCACGGCCAGCCGCUCCCCGAAUUGGACGAGCAGUAUCUGGAAUACGAGAAGAUCCUCGAGGCCGCAUGGGAGACGACCAGGAACAAGAAGAAGGGCUCCAAGGCCAAGAUUCAGCAGCGAGCUCAGCAUCAACAGCGACUGGUGCAGUGUUACGAACGCACGCAGAGCUACCUGGGAUGGCGCUCUCCCGAGCCCGAAAGUCAGCCUGCGGCCCUCGACGCCGCCUCCUGGGCGGACAAGGCCAAGCUGAAUGCCCCAAGCGCCGACGACUGGGACGCGACCAAGCCCAUGCCGUACCCCUUCUGGAAGGAGCCGGUGCUCAUCAGCGUCGACGUCGAGUGCAACGAGCGAUGCCAUUCCCAAGUGACCGAGGUGGGUCUCUCCACUCUGGACCUGUCGCAGCUGUCGGGCGUUCCUCCGGGUCAGCAAGGGGCGCAGUGGAUCGCGCAGAUCCAGUCCCGUCAUCUGCGGGUGCGCGAAUUCGGACACAUCGUGAACCAUGACUUUGUCGCCGGCUGCCCCGCGAACUUUGAAUUUGGCACCAGCGAGUGGGUGUCUCUCGAGCAGCUGGCGACGGUGGUGCAGGCGGGAUUGACUCCAGCGUCGGGCACGGGAGGCGAGCCACGCGCGGUGGUCGUGGUGGGACACAACCCGUCGAUGGAUCUCGCGUAUCUCCGAGAGAUGGGGGUGCCCGUGGAAGUCAACAGCAACGGAGUGAUCGAUAUUGUGGACACGGCGGAGACCUGGCGCAUCCAGCGGGGCGAGGCAUCACCGCGAUCCCUGGGCGCGAUUCUGGCGGAACUGGGGGUGGUCGGCUGGUACCUGCACAAUGCCGGCAACGAUGCGCGCUACACGAUGGAGGUGCUGAUCCGGAUGAUGGUGGAGCGUUUCUCGAAGCAGAGCAUGUUGUCUAGUUCGUGAGGUUGAGACAUAGUUC